UCAUUGACUCUGGUGACGACAGCAUCUGGAUGCUAAAUUUCAGGACCAAAGUAGUAAACAUUAAGCUUUGAAAAGAUGCAGCACGAUACUUUGUUGCACGUGGCAAACUUCAGCACACUCUUUGUGUGUAUGGUGCUCAAGUUCCCGCAGAUCUUUGUGUUGAUGCGGGCCAAAACCUCAGCUGGAGUCAGUCUCAACAGUCUGCUGCUGGAACUUGUCGGAUUUAUUGUGUUUGUAACUUAUCAAAUGUACUAUGACUACCCUCCUCCAACAUAUCUGGAAUAUCCUAUUCUCAUUGCUCAAGAUGUGUUUCUUUUGCUGCUGAUCCUCCAAUACAGAGGCUGUUUGAGGCAGAGUCUUCUCUACACAUUUCUGUUUGUUGGGGGCUGGCAUCUGUUAACUGUGGACAAGUUAGUUAUAGAUACAGCUAUGAGUCUGUGUACUUUUAUCAGUGCGGCCAGUAAAUUUGCCCAACUUCAGUGUCUAUGGAAGUCAAAAGAUGCAGGGCAAGUGAGUGCUCUUACAUGGGCUUUAGCGCUCUAUACAUGCAUAGCCCGGAUUUACACAGUUUCCGUCACAACAGGCGACAUGCUGGUGCUGGUGCGCUUCAUAGUGAUGACCCUGUUAAACAUGUGGGUGCUCCUCACAGUAAUUUACUACCAAAGACAAAGCAGCCAUAAGAAAGAGGACUGAGUUUAUCCCUCUAAGUGAGACAGACUGGUACAACAGUUAUGUACGCACCUUGUGUAAACCUUCCCUUAAAAUGUGCUUUUAUUGUUUUUACCUCGGUGUCGGACGUCACAUUUCUCUCAAACAUUCCACUGUCUAAAAUGUAAACGCCAAUCCAAUGUGAUACCAACGAAUACUGUUAUGACGUUGCAAAAGCAACUCAAGCCAAGUAUUUCCACAAUGUUCUUCUCAGGACGAUGCUGUGUGUUUUAAG